GGGAGGUCAGCAUAUCAUGAUGGGGGCAAAACUGCUUAUCUCAUGACUGGGACACAAAAGAGAAAGAGGAAGACAGAGGUCCUAAAGUCCCCUCUGAGGCUACACUCCCAAUGACCUAAAACCUCUCACUAGGCUCCACCCCUUAUAGUUUCCACCACCUCCCAGGAGUGCCACCCUGGGAACCCAGCUUUUAAUACAUGGCCUCUGAGAGACAUUCCAGAUCCAGACCAUAGAGCCUUCAAGCCCCUUCCUGAUGAGCUAAAGUCUCAACAAUGUUCCCUCCUCUGCCACAAUUCAUUCCAUCCCCUCGUGGAGGGCACUGUAGGGGUCAGCCCACAUCCCAGCCCUCCUGCCCCACCCCCUCUGCCCAUCGACCAUGACCUGGUGAACUUGGCCUGGUCCCUGAUCAGCACUAAGCAACUACCUCUCCUGCACAGCGCCUGGUGGGUAUGAAUAUGCCUCUGAACAGUGACGGCACAGUCACCUUCAAUGCCACGCUGUUUGCGCUGGUGCGCACAGCCCUCAAGAUCAAGACGGAAGGUAACUUUGAGCAAGCCAAUGAGGAGCUGAGGGCAAUCAUCAAGAAGAUCUGGAAGAGGACCAGCAUGAAGCUCCUGGACCAGGUCAUCCCUCCAAUAGGAGAUGAUGAGGUGACAGUGGGGAAGUUCUAUGCAACAUUCCUCAUCCAAGAACACUUCCGGAAGUUCAUGAAGCGUCAGGAAGAAUAUUAUGGAUAUCGGCCCAAGAAGGACACUGUACAGAUCCAGGCUGGACUGCGGACCAUAGAGGAAGAGGCAGCCCCCGAGAUCCACCGCACCAUCUCAGGAGACCUGACAGCUGAGGAGGAGCUGGAGAGAGCUGCAGUGGAAGCUGCGAUGGAGGAGGGAAUAUUCCGAAGGACCGGAGGCCUGUUUGGCCAAGUGGACAACUUCAUGGAAAGGACCAACUCACUGCCCCCUGUCAUGGCCAACCAAAGACCCCUCCAAUUUGCUGAGAUAGAAAUGGAGGAACUGGAGUCACCCGUCUUCUUGGAGGAUUUCCCUCAUGAUCCAAGGACCCACCCUCUUGCUCACGCUAAUACCAACAAUGCCAAUGCCAAUGUUGCCUAUGGCAACUGCAACCAUAGCAACAGCCAGGUGUUUUCCAGCAUUUGCUAUGAAAGGGAGUUCCCUGGAGAGAUGGAGACACCUGCUGCCAGAGGAGGAGCCUUCAGACAAGCCCACAGGGCCCUGGGGCCCCACAGCAAACCCCGGGUGGACAAGAUGGAAGGAUGGCUGAACCAGAGGGGACUGCCCCAAGGCCAGGUGCCCCCUGUCCCCGGCCAGCACCCCAAGGCAGAACCUCCUGUGAGUGAAGAGAAGAAGAGCUUCGCUCCAGGAUCUCUAGAAAGUCCCCACAGCAGGAGCCCUGAGGAGAGUGCUCCCCGGUGCCCAGCUACAGCUAUGGCCCUCCUGAUCCAGGAGGCUCUGGUUCAAGAAGGCCUGGACUCCUUGGCUACAGAUGCUAACUUCAUCAUGGCAACAGGUCAGGCCCUGGCAGAUGCCUGCGGGAUGGAACCAGAAGAAGUGGAGGUGGCAGCCACAGAGCUACUGAAGGAACGAGUAAUCCCCAGAGGACACAGCCAGUGCACUGGGAGGCCUGAGCCUCCGCUCUCCUCUGGGCAACCUUGACCAGCAGGAGGGGUCCCAGGAGACUCUUAUUCCUCCCAGGCUGUGAGGCUUGCUCAGAAUCUGCCUGGGCUUAGAGCUGGCAUGACCAAGGGGUAGAGAGUGCCAGAAUGGAGAAAGGAUCACCCAUUCCAGCAGCUUCCUUCCCUCUGGGUGGUCAGACACCAGUCUAGGUGGGGUGGUCAGGAACCAUCUCUGAAAGCCAGGAGGCCGUGUAGACAGCAGGACAGGCCCUUCCCCUCGCCAGCAAGAAGCAUACUUGAAUAAGCUUCUGAAGUAAUUUAAAAACUUCUGGUGAGUGCCAAUGUCUUUAUGUCACAAGGCCACUCCCACCAGCAGGACAUUAAAGUCUCCAGGCCUGUCACACCAACACCUGGUCUCUGCUUGUCUCCUUUUGUGAACUCUUCCCCACAGCCUGUUUCCCUCUUGCCUCUUCCUCAAGGAGCCUGGGCCUUGGAGAACUGAGGGUCCACCUGCAUUUUUAUUCAGCUCCAUGUGGAGCACAGUGUUCUCCUGCAAGUCCAUGGCCAGGUGCACUGAGGCAAGCAGCCCCAAGAAGGACUGGUCAUCUUAGAAGAAGCGCCACACCCUGGUCACACACAGCCAGCCUUCUUUGAAGCUAUGAGCAUGUCUGUUUGGCCAGAGUCCACUGCCAACGCAGCUUGUAGCCCUCAGCUGCACUGGGUUUAUGGCCGCGGUUAUCACAAAUCUGCAGGUCCUGUGGCUUCCCUUACCCACACCACAUAACGAUGAGUAAUAGUGACUGCUGUGUCCCAGGUGCCUCCUGUGUGCCGCUACAUACAUGCUCUCGCGCCACAGGUCUUCUACACGUAUGUACCAAGCACUUUCACACACUAUCCAUUUUAUUCUCACCACAACCUUGUGACAAAGGCAUAGAAUUCGUUCAAGAUGAGGAAAUGGAGGUACAGAGGGAUGACAGGCCAUGUCUGUGGGGCAUAGCUGAAGAGAGGCAAAGUUGGGACUCUGCACUGGGCCUCAGAGUCCCCAUGGUGCUCUCUACCCUUCACUGGACACUCUUUCCUUAGGGCCAUUCCUUCAUUAAGCGUGGGCUGAGCACAUGGCCAUUGCUGUGGUGGUCAACAUGGCCUAUGGUGUGACCUCCUGGUGAACACCCAGCAGGCUUCUGGCAUGACUAAGAAGGGACUUGACUCAGGAUGCAAGUAGCACCAGUCAGGGUCACACACUUGGCACAUCUGUGGGUUGUGGUCCAGUGGGGCCCCAAAGCUUCCUGGUGCCUGCUCAGUGCAGCAGUUUCAAGUCUCCUCUCUUCUCAAACCUCAAUACCAGUAGCUUGUCUUAUCCCUCCUUUGCUAAGGAAUAGAAGCCUCCAGAAGGCCCUUCUCUCAGCUCUGCUCCAUGUGGAGCACGGUGUUCUCCUGCAAGUCCAUGGCCAGGAGCACUGAGCCAAGCAGCCCCAAGAAGGACUGGUGGUCUUAGAAGGGAGGUAAGAGAAGGCCUACCUCCUCCUUUCUUCCUGAACCCAGUGGGAGCCAGAUCUCUCCUUUAGCCACACCCUGGCCAUCCUCCCUUCUCCCUGCCUCUCUACUGCCUUCUUCUAUCUGCAUGUAACCUGUUCCAGUUGUUUCCAUCUUAACAUAACCCUGCAGCCUGCCCCUCUCUCUGUCUGUCUAUCUACCUAUCUGUCUUUAUCUAUCUACCUAUCUCUGUCUGUUUCCACUAUUGAGGACCACACUUCUCACCUGGGUGGUCUCCUUGUCUUCAUUUCCAUUUCUACUUCCCAUGU